AUGUCGUGGAAAGCUUCAGAGCGUCUGAUGGAUACUAUCCGUCACUAUGCUCGGUUUCCCGCCACUGGUGUCAGCUUGCGCCAGAUGGUCCAGUUUGGCGAGAAACCCUCAGUCGGAACCCUAUUCCGAGCUUCUCAGUUCUUAGCCGAGGAGCUUCCAAUCCGUCUAGCUCAUCGCGUGCAAGAGCUCGACGAGCUCCCAGAUGGCCUUAAUGAGAUGCCCUCUGUCAUUAAAGUCAAAGAUUGGUACGCCCAAUCGUUCGAGUUACCCUCGGAUAUCCGAAACCGCCUCAUGAAACCCAGCAAAGCUAUCGGUCGCAAUGCUUUCCGCCUUCCUGCCGCAACCCCUAAUCCCUCUAUCGACGAGGGCGAAGCCGACGGUUGGGGCGGUCUUCAGAACGACAAUGGCAAAGCCAAGGCCUCUGCGCGCCGGUACUUUGCUAUUGUUGACGACUCAAGCGACUGGCCCGCCGAUCUUCACCUGUACAACCAACGUUUCGCUCAGACUCUGCACCACAUCAAGCGCCGUCAUGAUGGCGUCGUUACCACAAUGGCUCAAGGCAUCCUCGAAUACAAGCGCCGUCGCCAGCGCAUGCAGAUUGACAGCACCAUCCAGUCCUUCCUCGACCGCUUCUACAUGUCCCGUAUCGGUAUCCGCAUGCUUAUCGGCCAGCACAUCGCAUUGACAGACCAGAGCCAUCAUCGCGACCCCACUUAUGUCGGUAUUAUUUGUACCAAGACCAAUGUCCAAGAUCUCGCUCAGGAAGCCAUUGAGAACGCCCGAUUUGUCUGUGAGGAUCACUAUGGUCUUUUCGAAGCUCCCAAGGUCCAACUCGUCUGCAACCCCAACCUGAACUUUAUGUACGUUCCCGGUCAUCUGUCGCACAUGCUCUUCGAGACCCUUAAGAACUCUCUGCGCGCCGUUGUCGAAACCCAUGGUAUGGAGAAGCAAGCUUUCCCCGUUACAAAGGUUAUUGUUGCCGAAGGCAAGGAAGAUAUCACCAUCAAAAUCUCUGACGAAGGCGGUGGUAUCCCUCGAAGCGCUAUCCCUCUCGUUUGGACUUACAUGUACACCACUGUCGAUCGCACACCAAGCUUAGAUCCCGAUUUCGAUAAGAGCGACUUCAAGGCCCCGAUGGCUGGUUUUGGAUAUGGUUUACCCAUCUCACGUUUAUACGCGCGCUACUUCGGCGGUGACUUGAAACUCAUCAGUAUGGAAGGGUUCCCCCCUGGGUUCUUCGCAAACGACUACAAGGCCGAAGCCGCGAGAUAUCGGAACGGAAACAGGUGGGCGAUGCCGAGGCGGUGGUCAACGCGCCACCACGAAGCAACUAUACCAGUCCACAGGAAGUCUAAUGGGUUUUUUUCUUACAAAAAGGGAAUUAUCGUCGCCCGCGGGAGAUCCGUGCGCCGGAGCAAAACACAGACGAAAAUAUAUCGUGAUACUACUAUAUCAGCAACUACUACAAGAAACAAUAAGAGGAAGAGCAACAAGAAGGAUCAGACGACGACGAUUACGAGGCCGUCCACGAUAUGCCCGCAGCUAUACCACGCCAAUAGGAACGCACAACUCACUUGGAUAUUCGAAAGAGGAGGAAAGAGACUAGUCGAUUCGAGGGACGAAGAUCCUACUACACCAGAACAUCGCACCAUGUGGUUCACACAACCCGAGGGACCGCUCUCCAUGGAGGCCAGUCUAAAAACCAAUGUUGGGAAUCUCUACAGUCUUACAAAGCGUGCCGUUGCACGCAUGUUUGGACAAUAA